GUAUUUGGAGUAGGCGGGCCCGGGAUGAGUUUAUGCCACGUUACUGCGCCGACCACACCGAAAAAUACAGGGCUAAAGCGAGUGUGAACCGUAUGUACAAAGUUAGUGGGGAGAGCCCACGGCCACCAGCGCAGGAUUGCAGUCCCAUGGAACUUGUGUCGGAGGCGCAGCGCAAGUAAAAAGCUGUGCUGGGGCGGAAAAAAAGAAAAAGAGAGAGAGAGAGGACGUUGUGAUAGCCACUGCCCAGGUCUAGAACCUUUUCAGCAAGUCUGCACAUGAGUUGAAUGAGCCUGGAUUAUACUUUUUUUUUUGUGUGUUAAAUAUUAAUUUGGAGGAAUUAACCGGAAGCCCUGAAAGGGGAUCUUUUGGAAAUGGCCAACGUUGGAGCUCAGCUUGAAACGUCUGAUAGAGAACAGAACAAUGAGUUUAGUGAUAUAAUUAAGUCACGAUCAGAUGAACAUAAUGAUGUACAAAAGAAGACAUUCACAAAAUGGUUAAAUGCUCGCUUUUCAAAGAGUGGGAACAGCCCUGUGAAAGAUUUGUUUGUAGACCUCAAGGAUGGAAGAAAACUACUGGAUCUCCUAGAAGGCCUCACAGGCACUUCUUUGCCCAAGGAACGCGGUUCAACAAGAGUUCACGCGUUGAAUAACGUCAACAGAGUCCUGCAAAUUUUACAUCAAAACAAUGUGGAACUGGUGAACAUAGGAGGAACAGAUAUUGUUGAUGGAAACCACAAGCUGACUCUUGGUUUAAUAUGGAGCAUCAUCCUACACUGGCAGGUUAAAGAUGUCAUGAAGGCCAUCAUGUCUGAACUGCAGCAGACGAACAGUGAAAAGAUCUUAUUGAGCUGGGUGCGUCAGUCAACAAGGCCCUAUAGUCAAGUCAAUGUUCUCAACUUCACCACAAGCUGGGCGGAUGGAUUGGCAUUCAAUGCGCUUCUGCACCGACACAAACCAGACCUGUUCAGCUGGGAGAAACUAACUAAACUAUCUCCACUCGAGAGACUUGAUCACGCUUUUAAUGUCGCAAAGAAAGACUUGGGGAUCGAAAGGCUGCUUGACCCAGAAGAUGUUGCUGUGCAGCUGCCCGACAAAAAAUCCAUACUUAUGUACUUGACGUCUCUGUUUGAAGUUCUUCCUCAUGAGGUCACAUUGGAUGAUAUACAUGAGGUUGAAACCCUUCCUAGACGAUACAAGGGAGUGUGCGAGGAGACAGUUUUCAGUAAGCAGCAGGCUUCUGAGGAUCAGUUUGGAGAUUCAGGCCCAGAGACCCCCAGCACACUAACAGAAGUAGACAUGGAUUUGGACAGCUACCAAGUGGCCCUUGAAGAUGUACUUACUUGGCUUCUCAUGGCUGAAGAUACAUUUCAGGAUCAAGAUGAUGUAUCAGACGAUGUGGAGGUUGUUAAGCAACAGUUUAGUACCCAUGAGGCUUUUAUGAUGGAGCUCACAGCACAUCAGAGCAGUGUGGGCAAUGUCCUGCAAGCCGGGAGUCAGCUGAUUGCGCAAGGAGAACUUUCUGUGGAAGAGGAGAAUGAGAUUCAAGAGCAGAUGGCAUUGCUGAACUCGCGCUGGGAAGCGCUGCGGAUUGAGAGCAUGGACAGGCAGUCCAGACUACAUGAAGUUCUGAUGGAUUUGCAAAAGAAACAACUAGACCAGUUGUCAGACUGGUUGACUGUCACUGAAAAGCGGAUUCAGAAGAUGGAUAGGAUGUCAUUUGGUGAAGAUUUUGAGGAGCUCAAGAAACAGAUUGAAGAACACAAAGUAUUGCAGAGUGAUCUGGAGGCAGAGCAGGUGAAGGUCAAUUCUCUGACCCACAUGGUGGUCAUAGUGGAUGAGUUCAGUGAAGAAGGAGCUACAGUUGCUCUUGAAACUCAGUUGCAGAGGCUCGGAGAGCGUUGGGCAGCUAUUUGCCGCUGGACAGAGGACCGCUGGAGCAAACUUCAAGAGGUUCUAAUCCUGUGGCAACGAUUGCUAGAAGAACAGUGCUUGUUCAAGGCCUGGCUUUCUGAAAAGGAAGAUUCUUUAAGUAAAAUCCAAAGGAGUCAUUUCAACGACCAGGCAGAGCUGAGUGCCAGCGUGAGAAGUUUGGCAGUUUUAAAGGAAGAAUUAGGAAAGAAGAGCCAGACUUUAGAUCAUCUUCACGAGAUAGCCCAGAAUGUAGAUCACCUUGUCGUCAAUGCCAAAGCUUCUAAGAAGCUCAAAAGUGAUAUGGAGGACAUAGCCCAGCGUUGGGAUGGGUUGGUACAUCAGCUUGAAGACUACACUAAACAGGUCUCUGAAGCAGUAACAUCUUUAGGGGUAACACAAGUGUCACGGAAAAUUGUUGAAAAUGUCACUGUUAAAGAGUUUAGAAGUAUUCAUAUAACCAAGGAAGAACUUCAUCCUCCACCUCCUCUCAAAAAACGUCAGAUGUACCUGGACACAGAAGAGAAAAAAAAGUUUGAUGGUGAAUCUGCUGAGCUAUUGAAUUGGAUGAUUAAAUCUAGAGCCAUCAUUCAAGCUAUGGACAUCAGUGACUACAGAAAGAUUAGAGAAACAUCAGACAUGAAAGAAGAGCUAAAGGCUCUUGAUCAAGAAAGGAUUGAAAGAUCUCCUAAAUUUGCAGAACUCGUCCGAACUGGACAGCAGCUCUUGGAGCUGUGUAUGCAAGAAGAUAUUCCCUCUGAUGAAGUGAAGAAAUCACUAGAUGCUUUGCAGGCUGAAUGGACAGAGACAAAUCGCCAAGUAGAAGAACUAAAUAAGGGGAUCCAUUACCAAGAUGCCAUCAAUACAUUCUUCAAGGAGCUGGAGAGCUUGGAAGACAUUAUUAAGCAAGAGGUGGAAUUUUUAAAUACCCAGCCUUCGGUAUCUCAUGAAUUUUCUCUGCAAUCAUUAAAAGAAACCAGCCAGAAAAGACUAAACAAGCUCAAUGACUUGCGUACACAAGUGGAAAAUCUGAAAUUGCAUGCAUUGUCCCUUAGCUCCCAACCUGGAGCUCCAACUUUUAUUCAAGUCAGUUUGAAUGGAUUCACCGAGCGCUACCAGAAUGUGAUGAACCAAGUGGAGCAGGAGGUCCAGAAAUACCAGAAAGAAUUGGAGAGCCAGCCGAGCCAGGAUUACCUGGAUACAAGAAAAGCCCUGAAUGAUACAUUAUUGGACUGUCAACAGCAGUUACAUUCUCUCUCAGCUGGCUUAUGUGACCCCGUGGCAGUAGAGAAGGCAUUGCAGCAGACAAAGCUUCUCUCACAGACAACAGAUGAUCAGAAACCUAUAUUAGAUAAACUGUAUGUUGAAGCCAAAAGUCUGGAGAAACGCGCAUCAGAAGACACAUCAAAGGCAUGUAUGAAAGAGUGCAAUGAUUUAGGGAACCGUUGGGCCAAGCUAAAAGAGGACCUCUCAGAGCGUCUCUUCACUCUUGAGGACAUUUUGUCUAAACUGAAAACCUUCGAGACUGAUUCAAAAUCUGUUGAAAAAUGGCUGAAAGAUGCGAAAGACUUUGUUCUUAACCGACACACUAAAUCUGAGGAUUCUGAAGGCUUGCAGAGACAACUGGAUGAGUGUACGGUGCUUGUUAAUGACAUGGAAGGUGUUGAGGCAUCUCUCAAGAAGCUGAAUGAAGUGGAGGUUGCAUUGAGAAACCACCCAGACACCAUGAUCAAUACAUGGGUACAGCCCAGGCUCACUGACCAGCAGGCUCAAUGGGAAAGGCUAAACAAACAGGUCAUCCAUCAGAUGAACAGUUUGUCCGAGCGUCAGGAGAAAGCAGUAAACUUGAAGAAAGAUUUGGCAGAGAUGCGAGAAUGGAUGAUGCAGGCUGAAGAAGAAUAUUUGGAGAAAGAUUUUGAGUACAGGUCGCCAGAGGAGCUCGAGAACGCAGUGGAGGAAAUGAAAAGAGCGAAGGAGGAAGUGUUACAGAAAGAAGUACGAGUGAAGAUAUUAAAGGACAACAUCAAAGCUUUGGCUGCAAAGGGUCCAGCUGGUGGCCAAGACCUGACGUGUGAGCUGAAGGAGGUGCUGGACAAUUACCAGCUGCUCUGUAAUCGCAUCCGGGGAAAGUGCCACACUUUGGAGGAAGUCUGGUCUUGCUGGGCUGAGCUUCUCCAAUAUCUGAAACUAGAGACUGCCUGGCUAAGUACAUUGGAGGAAAAAAUCCAGAGCUCAUCAAAUCUCCCCGACAAAGCUGACUUAGUGAAUGAAACAUUGGAGUCUCUAGAAUGUAUCCUGCGACACCCAGCAGACAACAGAACCCAGAUCCGUGAACUUGGGCAAACCUUGAUUGAUGGCGGCAUCCUUUAUGACAUCAUCAGCGAUAAGCUGGAAGUAUUUAAUGCCCGCUACGAAGAGUUGAGCCAUGCGGCUGUGAGCAGGCAGAUUGCAUUGGAGCAACACCUGCAGAACCUGCGUGAAAGUGAUCACAUCCUUCAAGUCCUGCAGGAGUCUUUGGAAGAUCUGGAUAAGCAGCUCACUACAUACCUGACAGACAGAGUGGAUGCUCUCCGUAUGCCACAGGAAGCCCAGAAAAUUCAAGCAGACAUCAGUGCCCAUGAAGCAACCUUAGAAGAGCUGAAGAAAAGUCCUCGACCAUUGCCCCUUUCGACACCUGAGGUCAAAUCUCCUCGUGGAGGGACUCAACUGGAUGUGCUUCAGAGGAAGCUUCGAGAAGUGUCCACAAAGUUCCAGCUUUUCCAGAAGCCGGCCAAUUUUGAGCAGAGAAUGCUGGACUGCAAACGUGUUCUAGAUGGAGUUAAGGCUGAACUUAGUGUUCUUGAAGUAAAGGAAAUUGAUCCAGAUGUCAUUCAGACCCACAUGGAUGGGUGCAUGAAACUGUAUAAAACCUUAAGUGAAGUCAAGUUAGAAGUAGAAACUGUCAUUAAGACCGGAAGACAAAUUGUACAGAAACAACAAACGGAUAAUCCCAAAUCAAUGGAUGAACAACUAACAGCUUUGAAGCUUCUGUACAAUGAUCUUGGUGCUCAGGUAACGGAAGGAAAGCAGGAACUGGAGCGAGCCCUCGUUUUGGCUAGCAAGCUGAAGAAGGAGUCAGCUUUACUGUCCGAAUGGCUUACGGCUACAGAAUCUGAGCUUGUUCAGAAAUCAACCGCUGACAACCUGUGUGCAGAUCUGGACGUGGAAAUUUCCUGGGCAAAAAAUGUGCUGAAAGAGCUGGAAAAGAGGAAGACUGAUCUGAACAGUGUGACGGAGAACAGCGCUGCUCUUCAGUGCUUAGUGGAGGGCAGCGAGGCCACACUGGAGGACAAGCUGUGUGUGCUCAAUGCCGGCUGGAGCAGAGUCCGGACCUGGACAGAGGACUGGUGCAACACACUCCUGAAUCACCAGACCCAGAUGGAGAUUUUCGAUGAGAAUGUUGCUCACAUAAGCACUUGGCUGUACCAGGCGGAAGCCCUGCUGGAUGAGAUUGAGAAAAAGCCAGCAAGCAAAAAGGAGGAAACCGUGAAGCGCCUGUUGUCUGAGCUGGAUGAUGUUAGUCUAAGAGUAGAUAAUGUCCGUGACCAAGCCAUUAUCCUAAUGAAUAACCGUGGCGUAUCCUGUCGGCAACUGGUGGAACCAAAACUUUCUGAGCUUAACCGCAACUUCGAAAAGGUUUCACAGCACAUCAAGGCAGCUAAAAUGAUGGUCAGUCACGAUACUCGCACACAAACACAAGGUCCGGAGGAAGAGCCCCUCCAAAAUGAUUUUCUUCCAGAAGAACUGGAAAGGUUUGAGACUGAGCUUCUUGGAGCCCAGAAAGUGAUGGAACAACAUUUACAGUCAACAUCUGAUGAUGAAAAGAUCAUAGAAGAAAGAGCUCACAUCGAAGACAUUUUACAGAGGGGAGAGCGCCUGCUUGAGCAACCAGUAGAGGACAACAAGAGAGAGAAGCUACGUCUGGAACUGCUGCUCUUACAGACCCGAUACAACAAUGUGAAGGAAUUAAGACUGGCUCAGAACAAGCAAGAGGUGAAGCUGCCUUCAGUGUCCAUCCGACAUAAGAAGGAAGAAGAUCGCUUUUUCAGUUGGAUGAAUGAGACUGAACAUCGGCUCUCUGGGCUCCAUGAAGCCGAAGAUGACAAGAAACUUCAAGAGCUGCUGCAGGAGCUGGAGGAUCACAGAGAAGAAUUUAUCGCUCUCCAGAAAAGGAGUGAAGUGCAGCAGUUGGGACCUGAUGGGGGCAAGGUGAAAGAGCGAUGGGAAGAGAUCGAAAAGCAAUUUGCUCUUUAUCUAGGAGCGCAACAUUACAGUCCAGACGUCUCUGGCGAGCAGUUUGAUGGCAGCACGUACUCUACCGGAUACACCCCAUCACUUCUCCCUUCAGACUACUUAGUGGAGAUAAAUAAGGUCUUGCUUUCCAUGGCUGAUGCUGAAUUAUUGCUGAAUGCCCAGGAUCUGAACUGUGGAGAGUAUGAGAACUUGUCCAUGCAGGAGGAAUCACUAAAGACCAUAAAAGAUGUACUGGACAGGCUGGGCGAACAGAUAGCGUUUAUCCAUGAGAAGCAGCCAGAUGCCAUCUUGGAAGCCACAGGACCUGAAGCUGUGCAGAUUGGAGACUCAUUGACCCAGGUGAAUGCCGAAUGGGAUCGGAUCAACAGAUUGUACAAUGACAGGAAAAGCCGUUUUGAUCGGUCUUUGAAAGAAUGGCACCAGUUCCAACGUGACCUCAACGACCUCACACAGUGGAUAACUAACACAGAAAAGUUGCUGGCCGAGGCCCAUACACCGGGAGGGACUUUAGACUUUGAGAAGGCCCAAAUUCACCAACGGGAGCUGGAGGAAGGUGUGAGUACCCAGCAGCUGAAUUUCACCAUCCUAAGCCAAAGUGGAGAAGGAAUCAUACAGCAGCUUUCUGCCCUCGAUGGGAAAUUACUACAGGAAAAGCUUGCUGGGCUGAAUAAGCGCUGGAGUGCAAUAAGAAUGGAAGUCAUAGAGAGACAGCAAAGGCUGAAAGAAGAAAGUCCAGCUUUAAGUGAGUACAAGAAAGACAUGGAGGAAUUUGUAAUGUGGUUGGAGAAGACAUCAAAUAUAACACGGGCAAAAGCUGUUUUGGAUAAUGAAGAGAGAUUACAGGAACUGAAGGCUGCCGACAGGGAUCUGGAACACCAAAGGCAGAGAAUGGAAUGGCUAAAUUGGAAAAUGCCAGAGAUGCUGGCUCAGAAAAACGUCAGCCCACAAGAGAGAGAGAAACUUUCUUCCAGGCUCCGUAUGAUAAAUAUUAACUGGGCUCAGGUGUCCAGGGAAGUGCCCGAGAAAGUGAAGGAGGUGGAAGAGGCUUUGUAUUACCCCGGCUAUGCAACUCAAACCGUACUACCCACUUACCCCACAGUCCAAAAAAUGGUCCUGGUGUCAGCAGCUUCUGAAAUCCCUGUGUUCCACAAACAAGGCUUGGAGUCCACGGCCCCCACUGACCUUGAUAAAACAGCCAUCGAGCUAGGGGACUGGCUGCAACUCAUUGACCAGAUGCUCAAGUCAAACAUAGUCACCGUGGGCGAUGCUGAGGAGAUCAACACUACAAUAGCACGCAUGAAGAUUACCAAAGACGAUAUGGAGCAGCGCCAUCCUCAACUUGAGUCUGUCUUCAUGUUAGCUCAGAAUGUGAAGAACAAAACCUCCAGCUUAGACAUUAGGACAGCCGUCACAGAAAAAUGUGAUAAGUUGAAGACCCAGUGGGACGGCACACAGCAUGGCAUUGAGCUCCGCCAGCGGCAACUGCAGGAUAUGUUGGCUGAUAGCAUCAAAUGGGACAAUCAAAGGAAAGAGAUACAGAAAAUUCUGGAGCAGGCUGAUUUCCGCCUUUACUCUAUGACACAGACGUCCAGAGAUACGCUUGCCAAGCAGGUGGCGGAAAACAAGGCAUUAGUGCAAGACCUGCAUAAAGGAGAGAUUGUUGUGGACGCAUUCAACGAACUUUCAAACAAACUGCUUCGGGACUACAGCACGGACGACACCAGGAAAGUGAAGGAAACCAGUGAUAAUUUGUACAUGAACUGGGUUAAUAUGAACAAGAGGGUCGGUGAUCGACAAAGCAUGUUAGAGAAAGAGCUUAAGAGUGUCCAAGCCUUGAUAAAGGAACAUGAGAACUUCAUGAAGUGGAUGCAGGAGGCUGAGACAACUGUGAACGUUUUGAUGGACGCAUCACAGAGAGAAGGCCUUCAGCAGGAUGGAUCCCGAUUGCGCCAACUCAAAAUGCAGCUGCAGGAUAUUCAGGCUGAGAUAGAUGCCCAUAAUGACAUAUUUAAGAGCAUUGAUGGUAACCGGCAAAAAAUGGUGAGGGCCCUGGGAACCUCAGAGGAAGCAGCUUUACUUCAGCAUAGACUAGAUGAUAUGAACCAGAGAUGGCACGAUCUGAAGGCCAAGUCAGCCAACAUCAGAACUCACCUGGAGACCAGUGCUGAUAAAUGGAACUUCUUGUUGAAGGCACUUGAAGAACUCAUCCACUGGUUAGAUAUCAGAGAUGAAGAGGUAAAAAAGCAGAUGCCUGUCGGAGGGGAUGUUCCAACAGUGCAACAACAGUACGAGUACUGUAAGGUUCUGAAACGGGAGUUGAAGGAAAAAGAGCAAACCAUAAUGAACACUGUAGAGCAAGCAAGAAUUUUCAUUUCUGAGCAACCUAUCGAGGGUCCAGAAGAGCCACGAAGGAACUUGCUUCCUAAAACAGAAUUAACCCCAGAAGAAAAAGCACAGAAAAUUGCAAGGGCCAUGCGCAAGCAGUCAGCAGAGGUGAAAGAAAAGUGGGAAAACCUGAAUUCUCAGGCUGUUAGUUGGCAAAAGCAAGUAGACAAGUCCUUGGAGAAGCUAAAGGACCUUCAGAGUGCAAUGGAUGAACUUGAUGGAGACUUGAUAGAAGCAGAGAAAGUGCGCUGUAGCUGGAAACCAGUAGGAGACCUAUUGAUUGACUCCUUGAAAGAUCACAUUGAGAAGACAAGUGCAUUUGGAGAAGAAAUCUCUCCCAUCAGCUCGAAAGUAAGGACAGUGAAUGAUGUGGCUAGUCAGCUCUCUACGCUUGAUAUUCAGUUGUCUGCAAAGUCGUCUCGUCAGUUAGAUGACCUCAACAUACGGUGGAAGCUCCUACAGGCAGCUGUUGAAGAGAGACUGAAACAACUUCAAGAAGCACAUCGAGAUUUUGGACCUGCCUCUCAACACUUCCUUUCCACUUCAGUACAGCUUCCAUGGCAGCGAUCUGUGUCACUAAACAAAGUGCCCUAUUAUAUCAACUCUUAUCAUGAAGACCCACCAAUAUAUCCAGGCUCUGGGAACAGUCAUCAAACGCAAACCACUUGCUGGGACCAUCCAAAGAUGACAGAACUUUUCCAGUCAUUAGGUGACUUAAACAAUGUGAGGUUCUCUGCCUAUCGCACUGCAAUGAAAAUUAGAAGACUGCAGAAAGCACUGUGCUUGGAUCUUCUGGAGCUUAGUACCACACACAGUGUUUUCAAACAGCAUGAAAUGAAUCAGAACAAUCAACUUCUCUCGAUUCCUGAAGUCAUCAGCCUCCUCACCACAGCCUAUGAUGGCCUGGAACAGAAACACAAGGAACUGGUGAACGUCCCUCUCUGUGUAGACAUGUGUCUUAAUUGGCUGCUUAAUGUGUAUGACACGGGUCGGACUGGUAAAAUCCGGGUACUUUCACUAAAGAUUGGGCUCAUGUCUUUGUCCAAGGGAUUACUUGAAGAAAAAUACAGAUAUCUUUUUAAGGAAGUUGCUGGAGCGGCAGAUACUUGUGACCAAAGGCAGCUCGGGUUGUUGCUUCACGAUGCUAUCCAAAUCCCACGACAGCUCGGAGAAGUUGCAGCCUUCGGUGGAAGUAACAUUGAGCCCAGCGUCCGUAGCUGUUUCCAACAUGCUCAGAACAAACCAGAGAUAAACGUCAAGCAGUUCAUCGAGUGGAUGCGUUUGGAGCCUCAGUCUAUGGUUUGGUUACCAGUACUACACAGAGUAGCGGCUGCCGAAACCGCUAAGCACCAGGCCAAGUGUAAUAUCUGCAAGGAGUGUCCCAUUGUAGGAUUCAGAUACCGGAGUCUGAAGCAUUUUAACUACGAUGUGUGUCAGAGCUGUUUCUUUUCCGGGAGGACGGCAAAGGGUCACAAAUUACAUCACCCUAUGGUGGAGUACUGCAUCCCUACAACAUCAGGAGAAGACGUUCGAGACUUCACCAAGGUCCUGAAAAACAAGUUCCGCUCUAAGAAAUACUUUGACAAGCAUCCAAGACUGGGUUACUUACCCGUGCAGACAGUGCUUGAAGGAGAUAACAUGGAAACUCCUAUAACACUCAUCAGCAUGUGGCCUGACCAGUUUGACCCUUUACAAUCGCCGGAACUUUUUGAUGAUGACACGCAUUCCAGGAUAGAACAAUAUGCCAGCAGGCUGGCGCAAAUGGAAAGAACCAAUGGGUCCCUCUUCACUGACAGCAGCUCUGCCACAGGAAGCAUAGAUGACGAGCACGCCCUGAUUCAGCAGUACUGUCACACGUUGGGAGGAGAUUCACCCCUAGGCCAACCACAAAGUCCUGUGCAGAUCCUGAAGUCAGUGGAAAAAGAAGAACGUGGCGAGUUGGAGCGAAUCAUUGCUGACCUGGAGGAAGAACAAAGGAAUCUAAAGAUUGAAUAUGAGCAGCUGAAAGCACAACAUUUGAGACGAGGUCUGACCCCUCCAUCGUCUCCCCCUGACUCAUUAGUGUCCAUGCCUCAUUCCUCCGAGGAUGCAGAACUCAUUGCAGAAGCAAAACUGCUGAGACAGCACAAGGGGCGACUAGAGGCCAGAAUGCAGAUCUUAGAAGAUCACAACAAACAGUUGGAGUCUCAACUCCACCGGCUACGUCAGUUGCUUGAACAGCCUGAAUCAGACUCUAGGGUUAAUGGAGUUUCUGUAUCACAGCAGCCACCGGCUCCCAAAUAUUCAGCUGAUCAGGAUUACUGCUCACAGUUUUUCCAGACAAAUGAUCUGUUGUCCCCACCUCAUAGUACCAGCACAGACCUAGCAGAUGUGAUGGAGCAAAUAAACAGCACAUUUCCCCAGAGCAGCUCGAGCCUUUCUGGAAGACAGCAGGCAAUGUGAGAGAAUCAUCAGUCGUUGGCACAGCGUCCCUUCGUAAGAGAGCCAAUCAAAAAGCCUGUUAUUGACUGGUUGCACAGAAAGUAGAAACGGCCUGCUACACUCAACUGUGUGACUUCUACUGAAGCAGUACCGCACUGAAUAUACCCAAAGAUGAAGAUGAUGUGUUUUUACAUACUGUCUGUUCUCUGUUUUCUUCCCUUUCUAUGCAAAUGUAAAUUAAAGAUCUGUGGAGUAUUUGGAAAUAGGUAUACAUAUGUCAUUUGUAUAAAUAUUAUUAUAGGAAAGGGGAGGGAGGUUUUAGAAUUUGUAUGCUUUUUUAACACACAAAUAUAUAAAUAUAUAUACAUACAAUCUAUCCAUGAAAAGGUGCAUCAGCUUUGGAGCUUAUAUGUUACAUUGCACAUUCCUUCAGCCGGUGUCAUCUCCUAUAACGUCAACCCAUCGACAAACAAAUUUACAGUUUGUCGACAUUUGAACCUGUGACCAUCAUAUUGGUGAAGAGUAAACGUCACGCGCAAGCACUAUGAGACAUCACUGAUUGUAAUUGUGUGCAAAGUGCUGUGUCUCUCCUCGUGAACGUGUUUAAACCAUAUAAUACAAUCAGGGCCUGCAAAACAUUGCGCAACAGAAUAAGAGAAAGGCCCGCUAAGCAUCUAACGGCAGACGUCCUCUUUACUUAACAUGUCUGGGUGAUACCCAGUAUCUUGGAACACAUAUGUCAACAUUGUACUUGCCACAACACUCUCUGUGGAUUUAGGGUGGAUUGUAGUAUAUUUAACACCACGCAGAUAAUAUCGCCACUUGUGUGCCACAAUAAUUGAACCUGCUUUCAGUUUAAUGUUUUUUAAAUGUCAGCUUGUAAAACGUGUACACAUAUGUCUUGCCUCACUAACCGACAUGGAACUAGAACAACAAUCCCCUCGAUGUUUUAGAAAGCUGCAAAUUAAGCCAGAAUAAUUAAGCGUUAUGUCAACAUCACUAAACCAAAGGUUGUAGUGGAGAGGAGCUGAGAAGAAAUGUUUGAUCUCACUAACUUAACUCAGCAUCAUGAAGGGUCAACUUUCUUCUGUCAGAAGGGUUGAGCUGGCCCUGUGCAGUGUGUAUUUAAUGAGGCAUGUUAAAAUGCUUGAACUGUUCCACAUUAACUAUGCAUUACAGAGGUUCAUCUCAGUCCUUCGUGCAGGAGAAACCGUCAGGGACUGGCCCUUUAUAAUGCAUAUUUAUAGAGGUGAAAUACAACUUGCUGGUUACGGAAUAAGCCCUGAUGUUUUCCUUUAGUGAUGAUUGCUCUUGCAAUGCAAGCAAACCUUUCAUUAAGGUAACAGCAAAAUCAAGACCUUUUCUCCCAUCAUUGACUACUGUCUACAUGUAUGUAUGCAUGUAUGAUGAACACAUGGUUAAUUUGUUUUGUUUAAAUGUGCCAAUUAAAAAUCAAUUCAUAAGGAAAUGUUUUGGAAGUCAUAGUUAAACAUAAUUCAGAUUUUAUUUUUUGAAUUAUGCUCAGUUAUGUUUUGUUAUUUUAUAAUUAAAAACUCCAUAGUAAAUGAUUUUGACCCACUUUUCGGGCCAUCUUCACUAAAGUCUUUUGAAGGUGAUAUUCCUUGUGAUGUUUUAAAUCUCAAAAAAUAAAGCAUAUUUUAAUGGUUAUACAA